AGUGUGAUGAAACUCGGCCGUCGUGUCUGAGAUGCCUCAAAACAGGUCGUACCUGUCGAGGGUAUGAAGAAACUGGUAGCGUCAUAUUCCGACAAUAUGAGUCCCUAACCACCAAAUGGUUGCCGUUCCAGUUUCCCUUCAAGUCUAUGGCACGUAGGUGUAGUCUAUCUCCUCGAGUCCCCGUACCGGGCACAGACACUAUCCCCGAUGAUGCACCCCCAAACGAAAUUCCCGAUCAUCUCAUUGAAGAGCUGGCCCUUCGUGCUUUUUUCCACGACUACUGUGUAAUACCGGUCAACCCUGCGCUAUCGCGGGGCUUUUUAGCCAGACUUGAACCAAUGGUUCACCGACUGGGACUUCAAUCUCCAGUUGCCAAUGCUUGCAAGGCCGUGGCCUUUGCAUGUCACGGACUUAAGCUUUCGCGCCCUUUUUUGACCCAAAAGGCGGAGACCCUGUAUCACGAACUUUUGGGUUUCUUAGCACGGUCUAUUCAGAAUUGCGCUGCGACAGCUGGCCCAGAAAUGUUUGUCAUUGCAAUACUCAUGGGGCUCUACGAGAUGAUCAUGGCUGGGGAGACCGAUCCUGGUCAUCAUAACGCUCAUGCCGGCGGCCUAGCGGCCAUUCUGCAGAUUGAGAACAGCCCACGGGGCCUUCUGCAUGCUGCAAGAUCAGGUCAUCCCCUGGUUGUCAACCCGAUGUUACAGAAUAAGGGCAUAUUUACAGGCCCUUCCCCUGGAGGUGACAGUCAGGAUUUAGAUGCUAUACUAGUGAAAACUGCAUCUCUCUGGCAAAAAUCAGAAACCUUUCUAUCCAACCCUUUUUGCCCGCUUUUUUUCGACCAACUGUACGGUCUGAAGCAGGAGGCAACUGCGCUCUAUCGAGAUCUAAUCGGGUGGCAGACGACCCAGGUUGAAGAUAUUAAGCCUACAACUAUCGGUUACGUGAGGCCGUCGCCAGGUGAACUCAGUCCUGGUGUAGGAUGCUGGCCAGGGCGAAUUGAUACUUACGUUGAUCUUUAUGUUGCGGGUGUGUGGAACGUCUCACGUGUUGCCCGGUGCUUCCUCAUCCACCUCCUACAGAAAUUAUCCAACAUUCUAGACGCCACAGAGAAUGACAGUAGAUACUACGAAGAUGUGGUUGAGGUUUUCAAUGAUAUCCUCGCCUCCAUCCCGUAUCAUCUGACUGAAGAUUCGCGAAGUUUCCUGGCCCAUGGAGCGGCGAGUUCAGAGAUAACAAACCCCGGGCGACCAGUAGGGGGUUUACUUCUUUUGCAUCCGAUUUAUGUGGUCUCUCAACUACCUAUAGUUCCAGCUGAUAUGCAAGAAUACUUGCGGAGGUGUAUGGCCUGGAUCGGAACACAUAUGGGAAUUGGACAAGCAUGCCUUCUUGCUAAGGCUCCACACAUUGAAGGCCAAUAUUUUGCCUGUGGAUGUAUGAUUGUGUGUGCCGGGCUACUUGUUUAGAUGGAUAUAGGAUGUUUGUCAUCAUCUAGAUUUAUGAAGGCAGGUUGUGAUACAUUAUUCAAUAAUGACUAAUAAUAUGAGACACGCAUCCUCAUUCGUGGAAAAUAUUUUUUGCAAUGUUUG